AUGUCGUUUGUUCCAUCAAGCGCGUCGUUCGCGAAAAGCCAGAUAGCGACACUUCCAAAAGUAGAGCCUGAUCGCAGCCUAGAACCAACGCAGCCCCCUCCCUCCCCUCCCCUUUUACCCUGCUAUUUCCCACUGGUCUUUGCAGGUGUAAUAGUCUUCGCUGCCAUUUUGCAAGUGGGCAAAAGUGAAAUUUUUCAAAGCGCCAGGAGGAGGAAUAAGGAGACGUUUUGCUUGUUGAUCAAUGCAGUGCUUUGCUGGAUGAAGAUGAGAUGUAAACAGGGAACCAAGUGGAUCAGAGACUUGGCAAUCAGGAUUUACAUGCAGCAGUUAUCCAGAUCAGAUGCCAACAGGGAGAAAGUGGACUAAAUCAAGCAGUUAUAUCUUUAGAAGGGCUGCAUGUUCUAUUUUGCAAUCCAACUCUUGGGUGAACCAGGUAAACAAAACUCUUGAAUAAGCCAAGUUCUGCUCUGAUUAUAUAACUUCAGACAUGCAGUUUGUGCCUUGAUGAUUUACACAAUGAGUAAGAAAAGCUAUUAAAUCACACUCUUUUAAACACAUCGUCCAUGAAAUUGUUAAAUUUAUCUUCUGCAGCCAAAAGUGAUGUUCAAAAGUAAGAUGUUUUUUCAGAAUUAGAUUGCAUUUUCACCUUCAAAGAAAAUUUUUGAAUUGGCGAUUUUAUAACUUAGUGAGUAAUUGGGCUGCAGUACCAAUUGACUGGCUGAUGGACAUUGUUAAAGUAGCUGUGGUCUAUCCCGUUUGUUUGGUACAUUAACAAUGAGAGAGAAUUCCAGGUAAAAGUGACAGAAACCAAAAUUUCAUUCUGGGAAAAUGAUCCUGAAACUGGCACAGUAAAACGCACAGUAUCCAAACUAUGUACAAUAUAUAACUCAAACAUAAAGGACUGACUGAUGGACUGACUUACUGACUGACGUACUGACUGACUAACUGACUGACUGACU